GGUGAGGUGGCUCGAAUGGCUUUUAAAGGAAAGCUAUAUGGUGAUCGAUUGAAAUCUGUUUUCGCAACGAAAUGCCAUGUAAAUAACCUUCUUUCCACAGUUUCUUACCUUGAUGCUAACACAGCAAAAAGCAUCUCUGUUCCUGUAGUGCAAAUAAUGGGGUUCAGUGCACAUGUCUUUGUAUUGAAGUUAGCAGAUAGAGGAAUUUACACACUUCAA